UCAGAAUACUAGCAAUGAGUCACAAGACCAUCUGUGAGCUUCCGAAAUUUUCCAUCAAAGAUGGCGGUGUUUCAUGGACAGUGGUGCGAGGAAAAAGUGAGGCUGCUUAUAUCUUUUUACAGCGCACACGAGUACUUGUGGAACCCAAGGGCCGAACUGUACAAACAUCGAGACAUAAAGAAGAAAGCCUUAAAGGAGCUCUGCCAACAUCUCACUGAUGAGCUGGAAGUGAUGACUGAGGAAGAUGUGAGGAAAAAGUUCAAAAAUCUGAGGACUGUCUUCUCACGGGAGCACGGCAUGGUGCUUAAGAGCAACAGGUCUGGGGCUGGACCUAUGGACAUCUAUGUCCCAAAGUGGAAAUAUUAUCAGGCCUUGUCCUUUCUCUGUGAUGCCUGCAACUUCGACGAAUGUUCAGACCACUUAGAUUCAUCUGUGUCAUCAGAGUCGGCUGUUCCAACAUCCUCCCAGGCCCCAGAUCUCUGCAUGGCACCUCUUACUCCGACUUCAUCUCGCCCCUGUGAGCACAUGGCUGUGUCUGACGCAAAAAGACCAAAAAUAGACAAAAGAGACAAAAUGGACAAAAUGGACAAGGCCUCUGAGGCCAUGGACUUUGUCAUCAGUGCCCUCAAAAGAAAGGCCUCCUCGCCACACGCAGGGUUUUUGCAUUACGUGGAAAAUAUUUUGGAUGACCUGCCAGAGAGCAAAGCAAAAAAGCUGAAAAGGCAAAUCAUUGAAUUGGCUCACACUGCAUUGGAUGAGGAGUAAUUUUGCUGUAUUUGUUACUGUGUACAUUGGCUUAAAUUCAGUGCUUGGAGGUUGUUUGACAUACAGUUACCCCGGCACUGUAUUGAAACCACAGUACACUGUGAAGAAAAUGAUGAGGUAAAAGUCGUGGUAUGGGGAUGUUUUUCAUUAUACGGUAUAGGACCUGUUUAUCGUAUACCAAGAAUCGUGACUCCGUUUUGAAUACAUCAAAAUACUAGGAAGAGAUCAUGUUGCCAUGUGCCGAAGAGGAAAUUCCCAUGAAAUGGGUGUUUCAACAAGACAGUGACUCCAAGCACACAAGUAAGCAAGCAAAAUCUUGGUUCCAGAUAUUAAGGCUUGAGGUAAUGGAGUGGCCAGCACUGUCCCUUGACCUCAGCGCCUUUCGAAACCGGUGAGAUAUUAAAAAUGCAGUUUCUGAAGUGAAACCCAGCACUUCACUGAAAGCAGUGCACUCACUCCGGGCAGAAAUACCUGUGCUUGGUUGACUGAUGGAACGCCGAUGUGCAGCAGUUAUCAAAACAAAUGCUUCUACAACUAAAUAUUAGUUCAAUGAUUUAAAGUGGUUAAAUGUUCAAUAUUGGGGGAGGGGGGGAUAUUAUUGUCAACAGUGCAAUGUUUUUGAACAGAUACAUGAUCCUUUUCUUUGCUUUCUGUAAAAAGAGAAUGCAGAUUUGAUAAACCGUUAAUUUGAUUUGGAAUUUAAUGGGUAAUGUUUCUAUUACAUUUGAAAUAUGGAAAUAAAAACUGUUAAAACAC